UUUCCAUGCGGGUCGCAAAUAGUACUGAAAAAUUUCAUCGCCCUCCUUCAGCCGAAAUGGCGCUCGAUCAAAUUCCCCCAAAUCCCUAACACCUUUCUCCCUCAAAACCCCCAAAAUCCCUAAAUCCCCGAAAUCCCUAAUCGAGUUCGUGUAUCACAAUCGCAGAGACGAGUUCGAGUUCCCAAGGCGACGACAAUCAGAACGCAACGCAACGCAAUGCAACACAACACAACACAACCUCUCUUUCUUUUCUUUUUUUGGGUUCUGGAAAGAUGGGAUGACAAUUAUGGUUGGUGGUGAUACUGUGUAUGGGUGUCUUGGUUUCAUCGUCGUUGGGUGCUGUUCAAUCGGACGAGCUCCUGGUGGACGACGAAGAGUACGGACUCGAAGGGGUCCGAUCUCCCCCUGAUCUCCUCACUAAUACUAGUCCAUCUGCAUCUGCAUCUGCUGUUCCGAUAAGUAGUAGGAAGAGGAGGUCUUCGGAUCCCGAUUCCGACUCCAAGGUCCAGUUCUCCCUUGAGCACGCCUUCGGUGACUCCCACUUCUCCCUCGCCGGCACCUUCACCGCUCGCCUCAGGACCUCUUCUCAUGGCUCCGAGACUCUCACCAAACUUCGUUUUUCAAGGGAGGCUUUUACUGAAACAGACAAGGAAAAGUUCAAGAAGCUAUUGGAAGGUGAUGACUUCUACAGGAUAAGAGUGCCAUCCAAUGUAUUGAGCCCUCCUGGAAGGGAGUAUAUUAUUUCAUCAGUGAAAGUGAAUGCAAAGUGGCCAUUCAACUCACACACUGUCUUACAGUACAGCGAGCAGGCACCAAGAACUCCAGCAUUUGCAGAAGAGAUACUUGGUGGUGAGAAUGGACAGGGUGAAGGUUUAAAGCCACCAGAAAGGUCCUUUUUGGCUAAAUAUAUAUUUCUCAAGUAGCAGUUUGCUUUUGUGGAAUACAGGCGUUUGAAGAUUGCGAUUUACUUUUAUUUUUGUUACCCACGGAAGAAUCAUGAGGGAAACUUUUGUUUUUUAUUUACGUUAUUUUGAAUUGUGAACAACAUUAUGUAUUUAAACAUUGUAUAUGUAUUAUGCAAUAUUAUGUAGUGGGAUAAUUUUGCUAAUGUGUUGUAAUAAAUGAAUGCAAGAAAUUUUUUAUU